GAUGAUUUCUUCUCCUUAAAAAUGGAAGAAGAGCUGCUGAAUUCAGCGCUCCUUGGAGUUUCCAUUCUUUUCCCCCGAUAUCCUCUUCAACUAAAAAAUCGCGGUUCCUGAACCGGGUUUUCCGCUAAGGAAGAUAAAUCGCUGAAGGGUAUUGAGUGACGUCGGAGGAGGAGGAGACGAGGUCUAUCGAGGAAGGAGGAGGAGGAGGAGGAGGGAAGAUUCCCAGUGCGGAGAUGAAUCCGCAGUCGAGCAGCGGCGCCGGCCUGCACAUCACGUUCGCCAAGAGGAGGAACUCGCUGAUGAAGAAGGCCAGGGAUCUAUCGCGUCUCUGCGACGCCGAGGUCGGAAUCAUCAUCUUCUCCUGCACUGGACAGCUCCAUGAGUACUCGAGCUCAAGCAUGGACUCGGUCAUCGAACGCUACAACAAUCUGAAGCGGGAAGCCCAACCGGAAUUGGAUCAGCCACCUGUUGAUGCCAAGGUUUUGGAAGAAGAGAUAGCAAACUUGAAUCGUCAACUCCAAGGUCUGCAAGAGUACCACAGACAACUGAUGGGUGAAGACAUCUCUGGCUUGAGUGUGAAGGAUAUACAGAAUUUGGAGAACCAAUUAGAAAUAAGUUUAUCAACUAUCCGCCUUCAAAAGGAACAGAUUAUGACGGAUCAAAUUAACGAGCUCCAUCGAAAGAGAAACCUCAUUCAUCAAAAAAAUAUAGAGCUGCAAGAGAAGGUAAAUCUUAUUGACAAAGAGAAUGCAGAAUUCCUGGAGAAGGUGUUAAUUAUUGUCAGAUUUACAGGGAAGGGAAUUCUAGUAGUGAGGUCAGCAGAUAUCAUGUAUCGUAUGGCAUUAACACCAGAGAUGAUACAGAUAUACCGAUUCCUUCCCCUUCGAGCCGGCCCCCACGUCAAAAUAGGAGUGCGACUCCUCCGGUGACCACAGAAUUGGCGUUACGACUACCUCAACCAGGCGACUUCACAGCUCAAGAUGACUAUAGUUAGCAUGCCGCACUCCCUCAAAUUUAAAGCGCCGACUGCUGCGAGUUUUGAUGUGAGCAAGCAGAUCUUUAAUGUCACUUUCAACAGCCAGACAAAAGCUGAAGUUUUCGCUGGCGAUUCAUAUUAAGAUUCUCAUUAUUGAUUGUGUCCUAAUUGCUUGUAAACAGAUCAUUGCCCUGAAUGAGAAUCUGGGCUAAUAAGUUCAUUUCCAAGGUUAAUGAAUCCGAAGAUCCAGUUUCCAACUA